AUGUCCGGACGCCCAUCCUCAAAGACGCCCAAGUCCUCAUCCAAGACGCCAAAGCCAAAGUCAAACGACGACGAGCGCGGGCGCGAGCCCAAGAGCAAGACCAGUGUGAGGGUCCCACCCUCCGCGGUAGAAUUCAAGAACUUCAAGGCCCUGCGCAAGAUGUCCCCCAUCGGAGAAGAGGACAACGCACUCGACGACGAGGACGACGACGGGUUCGAGCAGUUCAGGGGCGUAAGCCACAGAUCGAAGCUGCUCGUCAAGUCCAGCGAUUCCGGCAGCGGAUCAAAGAUGCCCGCGAGCGGAGACACUUUCGCUAACAACGACCAGCUGAAGAAGUCGAAGGGCAAGGGCAAGGCCCAAGAGAAUGAAGCGGAAGAGGAAGAAACACCGGAGCUCGACUUCGAACUGGACGACUUGGAAUUCGGCUUCGGUUGCGGCUUCGCGCCUGGACCACUGUCCGGCAAGCCGACGUCAGUGAUGCCGCACAGCGAUGCCUUCCGAGACACGCCCUUGCAACCGCAGCUGCAGCAAUCGUCAGCCAUGCCACGGAGCGACGCGUCUGCAGACCCCAAGAAGAAAAAGAAAUCAGACCCCAAGAAGAAAAAGAAAACCCACCACAUCAUCGAAACCGAGCUGCCGACCCCCGGGGAUUUCAAGCCCAAAAGCAUCCUCAAGACCAAAGAGGACCGGUUCCGCGCCCAGCUCCAGCCGCACUUCAGCGAGCUCGAGCCCUCAUUCGCCGAGAUCCAGAAGAGCUGGGCCAUGCGACUCAUCAAGCGCAGCGGGGCCUGUCCCGAGCAGCGCGAGUGGAUACGCAUGGACGCCAGCGCCGACGGCCAGUCCGAGGGCGGCUUCCUCUGCGCCGGCGGCCGGCACGGCGUCCUCGACAGCAUGAUCGAGCUCGGCACGGGCGGCAUCUUCUGCCUCCUCAGCAACAGCAACGGCGGCGACGGCGGCGGCAGCAGCAGCAGUAGCAGUAGCAUCGAGUGGGCGACGGCAACAAAGUUCGGCCCUUACUUCCGGGACCCGGGGAUCCGGAACGUCUGGGUCGAGAUCGAGCUGCCGCAGCGGCUGACCCUGCCCGGGCUGCAUUUCUGCGCGCGCAAGGUCCUCUUCCUGGGCUCGGAGAACCAGGUGGCGCGCGCGAAGUGGGAAUUCUUCGACAUGUACCCGGGCUUGCAGGAGUACUAUCGCUAUGUGAUGCCCAAGAGGGAGCCGCCCGAGGAGUGGAGCACUGAUAAGAAGAAUCUCAUCAAGUGGUGA